AUCUUCUGAUUUCAAAUACAGUUAGGCAGAGAAGGAGUUAAUCAGAAUUGAACAAAGUUAUAGACAUACAGUAUCUGCAUCGCAUUUAGCCAUGACCUUUCAAAAGGAUUAGUCUCAGAUAUCAGCUAGCCAGCGUAUGUGUGAGUGACAGAACAGAUGCAUAGAAAAAGUGAUCUUAUAGUUUCGGUCCGUUUAAAUGUAAACUAUAUUCCUGCACCGUAUAAUACAAAAUACCUCUCGUUGUUCUAAGAUAUUAUGUUAAGCAUGCUUGUGUGUUGUGAAUUAUAUUUAAUCAUAUUUAAGUUAUAUAUUUAAUGUUCAGGAGUAGGAAUUGUACGCUAUUUUAAAUAUCAUAUGGAAUAUGUGUAUAUGGAACGCCUAUGAGAAAUCCAUUUCACGGUCUCGGGCGACAUCAUGCGGAUUUCUUACAUUAUGACAGAAUGAUGUAAUGUAACGCUUUAUAAGGGUAAAAUAAGAUGAUUGGAGACACAGGGCGGAGAAAUAUACGUAAUUGAGAGUAAAUAUAGUUCCUAUAUGUGGUAAUGGAUAGAAAAAGGUAUAUAAACCAGCUGUCCUAAGACAGGGCAGAUCUCACGUGGAUGAAUUUCAUGGAAGCCUGCUAACAUCACUUUCCACGCUACGGAACAUCAAAGAUCUCCUGUGUCCAGAAACAACGUAAGAAAGACUUUGCAACCAUUGAACUCUUGGGACUUUGAGCCAAACUUAUAUUCUCCGUAUGUAUUAGCUGUCCUAUGGAAUAAAGCCUUCCUUGCUCCUGAUACUUUCUACUCUGUUUCACGUCGAACCGAUAAUAAUCGACUGGGAUUUAACAAUUAAUGACGAGCCUAGCCUAUGACUGAUUGCUGUGCAUUCCGGAACGUUAUCCUCUCCCUGUCACGGUCAAUUUAAAGCGUAUCCUAUUCAAGUACCCUUUAAAGGGGGGGAGGGCUACUCUCUGCGAGGAAACGGAAUUCAGCAUCAAAAAGAACCUGGAAGAACAGAAAAAGUUCAGGACUUUUCGGAGGAAAGCGGAAAAAUUCGGUGAUCACCGUCGGAGGGAAUUUGACCCUUGGUACCAAGUCCUCAGUCUAAAAACUCGAGAGACGGCGUCAGUCUUGAAGAGCGCAUCAGGACGACGACAGGACAGGAAACAGGAACCUACUUGUGGGAUUCCAACAUGAAAACAAGGAAAAAGAAAUCAUGCACAAGACAGAUCUUCUUCAUUACAGCCAUCCUUAUGAUGAUCGGGAUAACAAUGGCCUCAACAAUCACCAACCAAAAGAUUCCAUCAGAAAGAGUCCGGAGAGAAGAACCGGAAGCAAGAGAAGAACAAACGGAGGCAAAGCCCACAGGAAAAACACGCAUACUAGGAGAAAUCCUAGAGGAGCAAGGACCAGAAGAACCAACGGAAGUACAAGGAGAACUAUCUCUCGGAACUCAAUCAGGUCCAGUUUUGAAAUUCUGUGUAAGAAUCCCUUUUCUUCAAGGAGGACAAAUCCGGAUUGAUAUAACUUUAGGGCCUAGAGCCAAAUACAAAUGGAUGAAAGGGACGUAUACAUAUGAAAAUAACACUCAAUCAUGGGAAUGUAAUGUAGACGACUUUGCAGUUUGGACACUAGAAAUUAGAGGGGAACAACCACUAACAUUUAGGAGUAAUCCAGACUUAGGGGAAGCUCACAUAUCUAAACAAGGCACCCUAAACCCUCUUAACCUUUACUCGUCUAGAAUUUGGAUGAAACAACUCAGACCAGGAAGAUCAUCCCAAGAUAGGGAAGCAGGAGACGAUACUGUAGGAAGAGUUUGGGAGAUCCAAGCGGAUAGGGGAUUAGAACCCAUAAGCAUACAAAUGUCAUUCUUAGAAAGUGAUGUUGUCUUUCCUGAAAUCAGGAUAUGGCCAGAAAAAGUAGAAUUGCAGGAAGACUUGUCUUUAAAACUAAGCUGUGGUACACGGCUGAGUUUACCUGCAGAGGCCACAAUAUCCUGGAUUCGAGGAAAAGAAGAUCUAGGAAGCAUUACUUUUGGUUCACAGGUUGUCAUACAUCAAGGUAUUAUGGGUAAGAUAGAAUGGUCUGAUCAAACACUCAAAUUUAAGUCCAAAGCGCUAACACUUGCAGAUCAAGGUAACUAUGAAUGCUGUAUUUCCAUUCAGAAUAAAACUGCAUGUAAAUCAGCUAAGGUAACGGUUACACCUCACCCACGUAACAUCUCUUGCUCAGGACAAAGUUUCAUACCAUCAAGCCCUUUCCAAAUUAACCAUUUUCACUCAAAACCCCUUCUAAAAGAUGGGCAAUUUAUUACUAUACUGUGGCACUUUAAUCGGUCAGAGUGGAAAAUUUCCACACGAUACCCACAGUGUAGGCCUCAUUUGGUGAAUAUGGAGAAAGGAAUGGACUACUGGUUUGGAAACAGGGAACAUAACAUACCCAGAGCAAGGAGAGAUGUCAUAGGAAAGAUCCUAGGAGGUUUUGGAACCGUGGGAUCUGUAAUGAACAGCAUGAGCAUUGGCUCUUUACAGAAAGACUUAGAAAGUACAGGUUUACUAGACAGCAAGGGUAUUCACGUCCAAAGGAAUUUGAAUCAAAUCUUAAAUUCCAUGGUUGUCAAGACAGCUUCUGUUCUGGGUCCUUCAGUCCUACACCUGCAGGAAACAACCGUGGGGCUCUUGAAGAGUUCAAAUAUAGCUGAGGUAGCCAGAGCCUGUAUGGAAAUUCAAAUUGAAUAUUCCACAGAUCUUAAAGUCACUGCACAGGCCCUGCAUGGAGGAAUUACACCUUUAGGAAUCCGUAAUAGCUUACCAGAGGAAUACAGAAUAGCUUUAAACCAUCUUGAUCUUUGGAUCAAUAAAUGGAUGGGUUGCAAUGAAAAAGAAUGUCUAGGCACUUCACUAAUCCCACUAGCAGGCCAAGAACUACCUGUUUAUUCCAUGGCUAUCUUAGGAAUACCUGUUAGUAACAAUCAGUUGUUGUUUUAUAAGUUACAGUAUAAAGAUUUUAUUAUACCAGCUGAACCAGCUGAACCAGAACAAGUAGAUUUAUCUGCAUGUUUGCAUUUUAGUUCAAAAGUCCUUUGCACUCCAUAUCAGAUUAGAACGGUUUAUCAUUCAUGUUUUCAUAACCAAUCUAUGUGCCCCGUUCAAGUUGAAACUAUUAAAUCUACAUAUGAUCUAGUCACGCCUAUAAACAAUGAUAAGAUCUGUUUUCAGGUGAUGACAAAUGAUGAAGAGGUAAAAGUAUUCUUUCAUUCAUGCACUGCCACUUCUAAGCUCAAAAGAGGGCUCUAUUGUGCCCAAGACGGUCCAAUCGAAGUAGUGCUGAGGAAUGUCAGAAUACCGGUCCCUAAAUACCUUUCCAGAGAUGUUAAUAGUAUUCCAAUCCAAUUUAACCUAUCACAAGUCAGUGAGUUUCCAUGGAAAGAAUGGGCAGCACGACUAGAACAAGAUCAGGGACUAUUGCACUCACUACAUAAGCAGUUGCAUGAAGCUGAAGUUAUCUUCCAACACGAGCAAGGGAAUUUAGAGUUAAUCGAACAUGAUUUAUCAGGAAUGUCUGGAAUGACAUGGUGGAAAAAAUUCUCAAAAUCGGUUCAAUCUUGGUCGCAUACUUCCGCGGGAACCGCAGCAACAAAUUUUAUGUUGCAUCCAUUUAUCAUUCUAUUGUGUGUAUGUCUCAUUUGUAUUUUUAUGCAAGUUUGUUUAAUUUGUAAAACAAAAAGCAUGUAUCGCAAUUUAAGGCGGAGCCUAGAACAGGGCGAAUUAAUUUUAAGGGAAAUGAUUAUUCGAAAAAACUAACUCUGUUCUGUCACGAAGCGAAAGGGCCAUGAAUGUGUGAGUGAAUGUUGACUUAGUAAUUUCUUUAGAAUUCCAAAAAGAAAUUAAGGGGGGUUUGUAAGAUCUUCUGAUUUCAAAUACAGUUAGGCAGAGAAGGAGUUAAUCAGAAUUGAACAAAGUUAUAGACAUACAGUAUCUGCAUCGCAUUUAGCCAUGACCUUUCAAAAGGAUUAGUCUCAGAUAUCAGCUAGCCAGCGUAUGUGUGAGUGACAGAACAGAUGCAUAGAAAAAGUGAUCUUAUAGUUUCGGUCCGUUUAAAUGUAAACUAUAUUCCUGCACCGUAUAAUACAAAAUACCUCUCGUUGUUCUAAGAUAUUAUGUUAAGCAUGCUUGUGUGUUGUGAAUUAUAUUUAAUCAUAUUUAAGUUAUAUAUUUAAUGUUCAGGAGUAGGAAUUGUACGCUAUUUUAAAUAUCAUAUGGAAUAUGUGUAUAUGGAACGCCUAUGAGAAAUCCAUUUCACGGUCUCGGGCGACAUCAUGCGGAUUUCUUACAUUAUGACAGAAUGAUGUAAUGUAACGCUUUAUAAGGGUAAAAUAAGAUGAUUGGAGACACAGGGCGGAGAAAUAUACGUAAUUGAGAGUAAAUAUAGUUCCUAUAUGUGGUAAUGGAUAGAAAAAGGUAUAUAAACCAGCUGUCCUAAGACAGGGCAGAUCUCACGUGGAUGAAUUUCAUGGAAGCCUGCUAACAUCACUUUCCACGCUACGGAACAUCAAAGAUCUCCUGUGUCCAGAAACAACGUAAGAAAGACUUUGCAACCAUUGAACUCUUGGGACUUUGAGCCAAACUUAUAUUCUCCGUAUGUAUUAGCUGUCCUAUGGAAUAAAGCCUUCCUUGCUCCUGA